AUGUGGUCAUCUAAAUCUUAUCCAAGUUUAAAACCACUGGGAAGUUGGGUUAAAGACUUAGUGUUACGUUGUGAUUUUAUUCGAACAUGGAUGAUAAGAGGGAAACCGCUUUCAUUUUGGUUAUCUGGAUUUUUCUUUCCUCAAGGUUUUCUGACUGGAAUCUUACAAAAUUACUCCAGAAAGUAUGAUUAUCCAAUUGAUCAUCUAACUUUUAAGUUCAAUGUCCUACCAUAUUAUCGUGAUCAAGAAGAAAUAUCAAUUGCAACCUCAAAAUUACGUUUAAGUGAAGUAUUAGAAAUGGAUAAAAGUAUACAAGAACCAAAAGAUGGUGUACUUGUGCAUGGAUUAUUUAUGGAUGGUUUCAGAUGGGAUGAUAAGACUAUGCAAGUGACUGAUUCUAUACUUGGGGAAAUGCUAUCAGUUAUGCCAGUGUUGCACAUGAAACCUGAAAUGGAUUAUACACCAGACCCAAGUCACUACAUAGCACCAAUAUAUAAGACGUCAGCAAGAGCUGGUGUGCUGUCAACACUGGUUGGUUUCUGCACGAAUAAUUAUCGAUAUUGGGCUUUCCUUAUUGUACAAAGGUUAUAUGGAUCAUUGUUAGACUGA